UCUAUUAGUUGUCAUUUUCUUUGUCAAAAAUACUGUUGCAAAUUGUGGUUUCAACUUGUUUAGUACUGAUGCACUCCAAUGCUCAUAAAGUGAUUCAAACUAUCUUUGUGAUCUUGUAUAUUUUAAUAGUAUUCAAAUCCAGCUACGAUUGGUUAUCUAUUGAAUGUCGAAUGACUAGAAUCAGUUUCAAACUGGUUUAAUGCACAUUAAAAGCACUAGUAUAGGAAGGCCUUUAGUGUUGUUGUUCUUUGUAAAAUUAAUGGUUGUUUUGUGAAGAGUUAUAGUAACUGUUAUUUUUUGGGACAAAAGUCAAGUUUAGAAUUGUCUGCAAGAAGAGCUUUUAUCAUAAAUUUGAAAUGGCAAGCAACUUUACAUUUACUGGUGAUUUUAACGUGCCCGCAGUAACAGUAAUUUUUACUUUUGAGGUGAUACUAGCUCUGACAUGUUUUUGUUAGUGUUAUUAUUAGGCCACUCUAAUUAAAUUCAUAGUUUCCCAUUUUGUAGGGCUAUUUUAUCUGUAUAUACCGUUUGAAGGGCCUCUGACUGCAUUCAAUAUUGUAAUUUUGUUAAAAUAAUGAAGCUGAUAGAAGUGUGUGUUUCAAGGCAAUGAAAAGCAACUAACCUUUAUAUUGGAAGAUUCAGUGUUUAUAUUUUUGUACUACCAUUUACCACUGGUUAUUGACAGCAUUAUCACACAUGCAUACAGUAAUUAACACUAAAUGGUACAUUGAAGCAAGAUUAGUUGAUGGAUGUCCUCUUAAUUGUAGGUAUAUAUUGCAUUACUAAUGUACUGUAUUAGAGGGAGUACAUAUUUCUUUUAAUUUCCUGUUAUCAUAAACAUGUAAAAUUUGCUGAUAAGACUAUUGUAAAUGUCAAGAUAGCAAUGGAAGAUAACUAUACCUUAACUGAUCAGUUCAGUGGUCCAGCAGUAGCAGCAGUUCUUACUGUUGAGAUGAUACUAGCUCUGAUAGCUAAUGGUGUGGUACUAUCUAUCACACUCUAUCAAAGGAAGUCCUUGAAACAACCAUCAACAGUGUUCUUCACUUCUCUCAUACUGGCACAUCUUGUAUUGAAUCUACUCUACCUUCCUUUUUAUAUCAUUUCAUUAUCUGCUGGUGAGUGGAUCUUUAAUGGUUCAGAUGAGGAGAAGAGAGGGACUUGCUACUUUGCUCUUUAUAUUUUUUGGUGGAUGGUACUAGUCAUAUCAACAACACUAGCCGCUAUAUCAUUUGAUCGGUUUCUGUUUAUUGUCAAACCACAUCUUCACAACCGGUACAUGAAACCCUGGGUAGCACUGACCCUCACCAUUGCUAUUUGGAUACUGUCUGCUGUAUAUACCACUUUUUAUAUUUUUGGAUUUCAAUUUGACCACCAUCAGUUUGAUUCUCAAUAUUGUUCCCUACCGAGUAGUUCAAGUCGAGGUUUCUUUGGUCUUUUUGCAGCACUCAUUAUACUUGGGAUAAUAUUUGUCUUUUCUAUUUGGACCUUUUGUUUCACUAGAAGGUUCUUCAGAGAUCAGUCAGUGAUAGCAGGAGAGAGUGCAUAUGCCUCAAAAAAGAAGAGACUCUUUGGUAUAUUUGGAAGCAUGUUACUCAUCUAUGGGAUAUGCCUUGUGCCUGCUGUCGUCUACUCUCUACUUUAUCUGUUUAUUGAUGUACCUAUAUGGUUCAUUAUAAUUGGUACUAUUUCCUUCCUUUUCUUUACAAUAGCUAAUCCAGUUAUCCAGUCAUACUUUAGGCCUGAGAUUAUGGGUGUUCUUGUAUCAUGUUGUCCUUUGAACCUUUAUGCAUGCUGCUAAAGCAACAUUAAUGUAAUUUGCUGUAAUUUUUUGUGUCAAUGUUUUUCAUCUUUAAAAAAUAACUUAGGUAGUCACUAGUAGUGAUAUAUUGAUGAUUUGACAUUAUUUGUUAAUUUCAUCAUUAAUGUGUUGACUAAUAAUUCCUAAGAAGAGACAUAAUAUUAUUAUGAAAACAUGUAUGGACAUGUAUAUAUACCUAUAUAGAAUACUAUGAGAUUGCAAUAAUAGUUUAUUUGGUUAUUAUUAUGAUUUUGUUGCUUAGUGCUGAAAAGGAAGCUCCUGUCAUUAAUAUUUACGAUGUAAGUAGAGAAGUAAAUAAUAACACUAAUGGGUCACAGUUCUUCAUUACUAUUGUACCCACUUCAUGGCUAGAUAACAAGCACACUGUUUUUGGGAGGUUUUUCAUGGAUGUUGCCCAGAAGAUCAGUGAAGUCAAAACUGACCCAAGGUCAAACAAUCCUUAUGAUGAGAUAAAAGUUAUAUGAACAUCCCUUUAAAAUAAACAUUUUAUGUACUAUGGUAGCUCUAUGAUUGCUUUGAUACCUUGUGCAAGGUUAAAUUUUGUUAAGUUAAUUUUAAAUCAUUGCAA